CUUCACACCAUCACCAUAGGCAUAGGCCAUAGUCACUAAAUCUUGACUUAAGAUAAUCUAGACUGACUAGACCUAGAUUCUAGAUGUUUUUGUUUGUAUUCACACUGUAAAUAAUCACUGGAGGGAGCAUUGAAGGUGUGGUGCAACUCAUGCUGCUGAAAUCAUGUCCAGAACACCUCAAAAUCAGCAAGCACCAAAAAAAUCUCGAAAGAGACCAGCCACACCUGUUUAUGGGGGACAAGAAGGUUCUUAUAAAAAUGCAAACAGUGACUUCAUAUGCCCAUUGUGUUUUGAUGUUAUUGACGAAGCUUACAUGACAAAAUGUGGGCAUUCCUUCUGCCGUGAGUGUAUUGAGAAAAGCCUGGAAAGAAACAACCGAUGUCCCAAAUGCAGCAUUCCAAUUGAGAACAGUGGAUUUAUAUUUCCUAACUUUGCUUUAACUGAACUGAUUAAAAAACACAAACAAGAUGAACAGAAAAAUGUCUUAGUAAAACAGAUGAGUCUCCAGGAGUGGCAGAGCCUCUCACAGGACUGGGACCUCGGUGAGAUCAACAACUUCAUGUCUGUCCUUUAUUUACGGAAGCAACGGCUGGAACAGGGCCUAAAGAUAUCAGAGACGAAAAUCUUGAAGAAUUUUCUGGAGGAAGUGAAGAACCGGAAAGAAAGGGAGCUGGAGAAACUGAAAAGACAGUUAGAGUAUUUAAAUCAAGAUUGUCAAGCUGUUGGGGAAACAUUACGAGAGUUUGAACAGAAACAGCUGGAAUGCCCUGACCACUUAGUGCCUAGCUCUUCCACCAUACAGUCAAUAGCCGGAUGCAGCAGUUCGAAUCUAAAUAUUGCUGGGUCAUCCAGUUCUGUGGAAGCCGGCAGUAGUAGAGACUCUAGUUUACCUGAGUCAUUUGCUGGGGGAUCAAUAGCCCGUCCAACCAUAGACAUGACAGAGGCCAGAAAAAAAAGGAAAGUUAGUCAACACUUUGAGGAUUUGGAAAAAGUUUACUUGGAAGAAAGGGGUGGGCUGGGAUUAGGCGGGGAAAGUGAUGGCAGUUUAGAUCAAUUUGCAACGUGCAUGUCCAAGUUCCUACAGUACACUUCCAUUAAAGCUGUAGCCAGUCUGAACUACACACAUGAAGUUUUCACUAACAGCUCUUCUAUUGUCUCAAGCAUUGAGUUUGACAGAGAUUGUGAUUUCUUUGCAAUAGCUGGUGUCACCAAGAAAAUUAAAGUGUUUGAAUAUGGCAUUGUGAGAGACGCAGUUGUAGACUUGCAUUAUCCGGUGACAGAGAUGAGUUGCACCUCUAAGAUAAGCUGUAUAGCCUGGAACCCUUACAACAAGCACAUGUUAAGUAGUGCAGACUAUGAUGGUAUUGUCUACAUGUGGGACACAAGUACUAACCAAAAGGUCCAGAUGUUCCAGGAACAUGAGAAGCGGUGCUGGAGUGUUGACUUCAACAGAAUGGAUCCCAAACUGUUAGCCUCAGGUUCUGAUGAUACUAAAGUGAAACUGUGGGACUGGGACAAUUCUCAUUCGGUUCUGACUAUUGACGGAGGUGCCAAUGUCUGCUGUGUCAAGUUUAAUCCAACCACAAGAUACAACCUGGCCUUCGGCUCUGCUGACCAUUGUGUUCAUUACUAUGACUUGCGCUACCCAAAGAAAGCUGUCAAUGUGUUCCGUGGUCAUGGUAAGGCUGUCUCCUAUGUCAAGUUUCUCAACGGGACAGACAUGGUCUCAGCAUCUACAGACAGUCAGUUAAAAUUGUGGAGCCUUGGGCGGCCUAAUGCCAUCUCAACAUUCAAAGGUCACAUCAAUGAGAAAAAUUUUGUUGGGCUGGCCACUGAUGGGGAUUACAUAGCAUGCGGAAGUGAAAACAACUCUCUCUACCUCUACUAUAAAGGAUUGUCCAAGCACAUUCUGACCUACAAGUUUGAACCUGGCAAAAAGUUGAUCGAGAAACCAGGCAAGGAUGAUGACUCCACAGAAUUUGUUAGCGCAGUCACGUGGAAAGCUGAUUCUAAUAUUCUAGUGGCUGCCAACAGUCAAGGUGUUGUCAAGUUGCUGGAGUUGAUGUAGAAGAAAAGAAAGAAGGUUUCAUUCAUUGAACACUUGGUCUUUCACUGACAAACUUAUCCAAGAGACACCAUGCCAGGGCGCCCCUCCCAUGUCUGGAAGAAAUGCCUAACAGUUGGGUUUUCAUCUCCUAAGAUGUUUAAAGAGGCUCAAACUGGUAUUUAAAGUCAACUAAGAAAAUAGGGUUCUACUUUUGAAUUGAAUAGACCUAGGUGUAUAAUUGAAGACCUAAGUGUGUAAUUGGAGACCUAGGUGUGUAAUUUGAAGAUCUAGUUCUAGACAUGGGUUAGAGUUAAUAUCCUGACAUUGAGUUCAGACAUAGGUACAGAGAUUGUAUUGGGUUUAGUUAACUGUUUGUUUUAUAAAUAAUAAUUAUUAUUUUCUGAUGAUUUUUCAGCACACAAUGCAUUUUUUCACUCACUCUAAAAGAAUCCUUCAAAUAAUUAUAUAAAGAGAUAUAUCUAUGUCUAUUGAUAACUAUACACAUAAGUACAAAUCAUUACCUCUAAGUAACAUGUUUCAUUGUAUCAUCUUCAUCAUUCACACUACCUUAAGAAACGGGUUUUGAAGGAUGUCUGAGCUUAAAAGUGUUUAAUCAUUAUUUACAUAAUCUGUGUCUGACUGCUGUGUUUAUAUUGAUGUGUAAUAUUUGUUUUUGCAAAAUGUAAGCAUGACUUGCAGAUCGGGGCAUGGUUUCACACACACAUUAUUUCCCUUGUAUUUAUCUCUUUCACUCUUAUAUAAAUGGCACAACGUCAGAAUGGUUUCUGUACUAAAUGGCUGAUUAAUAAUCUGGUGUUAUGAACCACUCUAAAGAGAGGUUUCCAAUAGUAAAGGCUCUUCUGGUAAAUAGACCUACUUGGAGCUGUUUUCAUCUAAGUACCAAAAGUUUAAUUUCCACUACCUGUACACUUGAAGGAUUUAGACACAAAAUGCAGAAGAUAUAAAUUGUAAGAAUGUUUUUACUCAAGAGUUUUUUUUCCUGAAAUAUCUUGAAUUCAAUCAAGAAGCUUUUAUCCUUAUCUUCAAAGUGUUUUGUGAUAAGUCCUUUGAACACAAGUUUUAGCCUUGAUUGUUCUGUAGAUUGGUUAUAAUUUUAUAAUUAUUAUUACAUUAUUAUAAUUUACUGUUAUUGUUAAUUUUCAUUAUAAGAAAAUAUUGUAUUUGAAUCUUGUGAUUAAGGAAAAUGUGCAGUUUUAUGUUGUUAUAAAUACCCAGCUUUUACCUAGACAUUCAGUAAUGUAAAUGUAAUGUGUGACUACUUGAAAGGAAUGCUAUUCUUUUUUUUUUCCCAACAAUUACUUUUUUUUUGGUCUCUACUAUAGUCUUCUAAAAAAGAGUCCUCUUUUGGUCCCUAUGGUAGUACUACAGUCUUUUUAAAUAGAGUCCUCGGCCUGUCCCUUUCCAAAGCCUGCUGCUGUCAAGUAUUGUCUUUGUCAAGAGUAGAAAGCUGAGUCUGAAGCCCUUCUGGAUAAUGGCUUUGUUGUACUUUCCGUUCCUUAACUAGCCUUUGGCUAGGCUUCCAAUUACUUCCUAUGUGGGAUAGAUGCCCCAGCAAUUAGCACCAGAUAGAAAAUAGAAAAACUAUUGGGGCAAAUACACAUCCCACCUGACUUUCAUGGGCAGCACAUUCCAGCUUCAUGUGUACAUCCUGGUUUCAUGUGUACAUCCUGGCUUCAGGCACACAUCCUGGCUUCAGGCGCACAUCCUGGCUUCAUGUGUAGCACAUCCCAGCUUCAUAAGUACAUCCUGGUUUCAUGUGCACAACCUGGCUUCAUGUAUAGCACAUCCUGGCUUCAUGUGUAGCACAUUCUGGUUUCAUGUACAGCAUAUCCCAGAUUGAUGUGCACAUCCUUGCUUCAUGUUACAUUCCAGAUUGAUGUGCUCAUCCUGGCUUCAUGUACACAUUAUAGCUUGAGGUGCACAUCCAACUUCAUGUGCACAUCCUAGCUCCAGGUGCACAUCCUAGCUUCAGGUGCACACCUGGCUUCAUGUGUAGCACAUCCCAGCUUCAUGGGUAUGUCCUGGUUUCAUGUGCACAUCAUAGCUUCUGGUGCACAUCCUAGCUUCAGGUGCACAUCAUGGCUUCAUGUUACAUCUCAGUUUCAUAAAAGUUAAGAAAUAUUUAGGAAAAUUGAAAUGUCCAUAUCCAUAAAUGGGGGGGGGGGGGGAGUUAAUGUUUUGAAUAGUUGAUUAAAGAUGAUACAUUUAUUUACUGUUCUUCUAUCCUGUAAUCUCUCCUGGAAUAUUAUUGGGGCAGCAUUGAUGACUCUUUCUUUUAGCUGUUACCAUUUAUUUUUUUUUUGCUCUUCAAUUGUUAAAAGUUGCCAAUCCCUAAAGAUUUGAAUAUCUGUCAAAUUUUUUGAGGCUCUGGAAAUAUUUUUGGAUCAGAUAAAAUAAAUGGCACUAGUUUUGUCAGUUUUUCUCAUUGUAUAUAUAUAUAUAUAUUAUCAUAAUACCUUUACAUGUGUGAUGGUUCUUGAAGUUGGUAAAACUGUUUCUGUACUAAGAAUUAAAUGAAGUAAAAAUGUAUUCUAAGUGCUAGUUACUUUUUGAAAUUUUAUUUAAGAGAUAGAUUUUUUUAAAUGCAUAUCUUCUCAUUGUACAUUUUAUGAAGGAACCAUAAUUGUGUUUUUUAAAUUCAGCCGUUUCUCUAGUACUGUUCCUAUGAGCUAAUCUAAUGCAAUGUUUUGCUUGUUUUGACCAAAUUGCUUCAUCCUUAAAAUGUUUCUACCAAUAUAAAUGCUAUUGACUUUCUGUCACUUCAAACUCAUUUUUAUUCUGUUAGUUUUCUUUGUCACAGAUUUUAAUAUAAAGCUUUGAUAAUUAGAAAAGAUUUCAUCUCAGUUUUUUAUACUAGAUCUUCAAACAUGUGACAAUGUAUAUGUUAAGAUUCAUGAAGAUGUGAGGCUGACAUCACAUAGACAUUAGAAUCUAUUGCACAAUGGCAGGCCAUUGCUCUGUGACAGUCACGUACAACAUACUUUCAGUUAUAGUAAGUAUAGAAAUAUAAGUCACACUAAAGGAUGAAAGUAGUAGUCAUUUUAUGUGGACUAAUAAAGAUUUUGAUGUCUUUGUAAAGGAUAUUAAAAAAACAAAGAAAAAAUGUGGUUAAUUGGUAUUCAAAUAUAUUUUGAAGAGAUUAAAACUAUUUGAAUAAAUGGCCCUUAGAAAUGUCAUUUAACAUUAAAAUUUGUGACCAAGCUAAUAAGAUUAGGAUAGUAAGAAAGUCAAGAAAUUUUAGGACAUGGCAUUAGAAAAAAUCCUGAAACUUCUUUUAGAGGCAGCUUUUGAGACCCAAAUCCUCCCUCGUAAUAACCCUUAUCAUCUCCAAGAUAAUGCUAGAAACUGUGUUCCUUACCUCAGUUAUAAAUGCCUUAUGUCUGAUUCAUUGCUAUUUUAUUUCCAUGUCAUUUGAUUGUAUGGUAGUCAUCUAUUUGCAUUUUUAUUCUUCCUAAUAAAUUAUGGCACUGGCAUUUGUGAAGUGAAUGAUUCUCAAGUCUUAUACAGACAUAUCAAAAUGCUAUGUUUAAACUGUUCACCAAAUUUCUGCGUGGAGUAAACUAGUUGUCUGUCUUGGUAGUGAUUGAUUCCUUUAAUAGCAAACGUUUUUAUUGUUCAACAAUCUUGAAAGUGCUGCUUCAAUAUAUGAAUCUCAAAACCAGACUGUUGGCCAGGUUUUUAACAAGUAGUAGUGCCUUUCCAUUCUGGUUGUGCUUUUUAUUUAUACUGUCGCAAAAUGGAUGUACAAUGUUGAUCACCAAAAUGUUUCUAGUGUUAUAUGAUGUUUCCUGUUUGGGUGUUUUGUGUUUGAAAUGUUGAUUACUGGUAGCUUAAGAGUAUAAUUAUAAGGCUUGUCUUUGUCCGAAGAUUAAUGAGUAAUUGAAGAUUGUCAUGUAGGUACACAUCCCCAGCUGCGACCAACAUAUUUUGCCUAAUAGUAUAAGCAUGAAGAAACUACAGAACAGUUAAUAUGCAAGAACUUGUGUUAGGAUUUUUUUUUUUUACAUUAGCUGUAAAAAGGACCUUCAUAUCUUCUUGUAAGUAUAAAUAACAGAAUCUUUUCCUGUUUGUACAUAUUAUUUUUUUUAUAACAGAAUUGGCCCUAGUAACAUGAUAGCUUUUUUUGUGUGUGCGUAAUUAAAGUUAGUGUUGUCAACGUGUUGUGAUAGGAUGACAAAGUAUUCAAAAGAUUUUGUACUUGGAAAGAAUUUUUGUGAUAUGGGUAAGGAAGGUGUCUUAAUUGUACUUGGAAAGAAUUUUUGUGAUAUGGGUAAGGAAGGUGUCUUAACUGUCUUCACAUUGACCUAUCCCUGUCUUCACAUUCACCUAUCCCUGUCUUCACAUUCACCUAUCCCUUAGGCUGUUGAACCGUUAGGGUACCACACAAGAUCUGUUAAUUGUCUUUCUCCAUUCUUCUCCUUUGCUUUGAAUUUCAUUCAAUGACAGGCCUGUGGCUUUGUCUGUCUUCCUCUUCUUCCUGGUACUGUUCCCAGAAGGACAUCUUUUGCGAUUCCUGAUGACCUUGUGAUGUGACCAUAGAGCUUACGUUGUUUUUUAGAGUGGUUAGCAGGUCAUCACGGGGUCCAAUGGCUGUACUAAUCCUGUCUCUAAUUUUUUCAUUUGUGAUGCAGCCUUUAUAAUUGACACCUAGGAUCUAUCUAUAGCAUCUUAGUUUCAUUGCUAGAAUUAAUGUAAUGUAGGCAAAGAUGAUUUCUUACUGAAAGCUAAUUGAAAUGUAAGUUGCUGUUUUUAUUGCAUACAAUGUCAGCAGAAUGAACUUGAAAUAAAUAUGUUUCUAAACUAAAAUGAAGCUACUUAAACAAAACAUUGUCAUGUUACCAUGCAAGGUCAAACUGUUAACAGGGUAUUUUGUACAUUUCUGUUUUGUACCUAGGAUAAACUGCGAGACUCGAACCCAGUAUUUUAUUUAGUUUUCCAUUUCAAAUAUUUCCUUUUUUUUUAUGUCCUCAUAGUGCCUUGAGCCUACAUUAAGUUUUCUAUCAGCUCUAUAGAAAUGAAAUUAUUAUUAUGAUUUAAAGGACUCCAUUAUUGUUCAGUGAUAUCACUUGGGUGUGCAGUGUUUCCCAAACUUUUUGUCUGACGGAACACUUCACACAUUCUGAGCAUUUAGCGGAACACUUUGCUUAUUUUUUUUUUAGAGAGGUUUAUUUUCACGCCUACUAGUUUAUUAUUCAAGUAGUUUGAACGCCUGUUCAGGCCUCGCGGAACACUGGAGUUCUGUGGAACACAGUUUGGGGAACACUGUGCUUGAGAAAACCGAGAGCUAGGUAAUCCAUUGUACAAGUUAUCCCCCUAAGUCACCAUCCCCACACACAAAUAGUAAUUGUUUUCUUAAUUGUUUUCCCGAGUAUCAGUUUUGUACGCUUGUUUUUUUUUUUUAAAGUUUCAAGCAAAAUUUAACUUCUAUUUAUAAAUGAAAUAAUUAUAGCUGUGACUGUUUCUUUAGCAAACCUCGUGGUAGUUGGUGUGAAUGUGAUCGGAAUAAAUCCUUCCAAUGAUGUUAAUAUGUUGAACUAUUUCAGUUACAUGCUUUACUGAAGUUACUUUUUUUUUUAUUAAAUUAUAUUUCUGUCUAAGGCCAAGGGAUGCUUUGACAAAAAAAAAAAUGCUUUUUUUUUUUUGUUUUGAUUUUUUAUAAUGAUAAUUUAUUGAUAAUGUUUUACAUUGUUGUGUUAUGUGAAUCAUACAAACUGAGCCAAAGGAUGCUCAAAUAUUAAUUUGUUUUUCAAUUUAUAAUUUAUUGAGAAUUAAAUGUUAACAUUCUGUCA